CUCAUUAAAAUGGUGUCUGUUGGCAGUGAGACCAAUCGCCAGUCUCAUGACUUUACACCGGUACCCUACGAUGACAACAGCAACGAUGGAUUAGUCAUUGCAGAUGAGCAGUCAGGAGACAUGGAUAUGGAUGAUCCAGCCAAACUGUUUGUCGCAGGAAAACGAGGACCAUCCAAAGUGGGCAAGACCAUACCGUCAACCUCCAAGAAGGUUCAGCCUCGACCCAUGAGGUCACGAAAGAAUACCGGGGCAGCGGCCAUCGCAGGGGCAAGAGCGGGAGCUGUGGCUGGGACAGCAGCGGCGUACGCAGCCUACGGGUUCUCAUUCACAGAGAAGAGCAGUUGA